AUGGACGAUCGGUCGGGAAGCAGCAGUUCUUCGCUUUUCACCAGCGGCUCUGAUUCUUCAUCGACGUACCCGCCUUCCGACCUUCCGGAAUUCAUCCGCGAAGACGACGUGCUCCCCGCGACUCCUUAUAUCAACGCUGAUCCCCCACCAUUCGGCCACGAACCUGCUUGCCGCCCCGUGGCACUGAGAGGAUUGUCUGAAGACGGAAAGAAACCAGCAAUCCGAAACAUGAUCGAUUUCACUCAAAUCCUGCCCGUCAAGCCACCCUUCACAGCCCCAGAACCAGAAUUUGUCGAAGACAUCACGGAUCAGCAACAAUAUACGGGCGCUGAGCGACAGCGAUAUCUAAAGCUGCACGCCAAAAACUUGAAGCGAUUGGAAUACGAGAAGACGGCCCGCGUCUCGCUGCCAAUGGAAGCGCUUCGACUAUAUUUCAACCCGCGAAAAUACAUAAUGAUGGCGCCGCGGAAGUCGGACGAGCUGAAGUGGCAGGGCGUGCUUGAAGGGCAACCGGACACACCCUACGAGGGUGGCUAUUUCUGGUUUCAAGUCCAGUUCUCCGGGCUGUACCUCCGUGAGGCUCCACAGAUAACAUUCUUAACCCGAGUCUGGCAUCCAUAUGUCUCAGCCAAGGGCUCGCUUCUGCUACCCAAAGAACAGCUCGACAAAUACCCGGAAACCGCCAUCGACGGGCUGCUCGACUGGAUGGUGGAGCUUCUGUUAACGAUACCUCCAGAUCCUCCCGGCCCGUAUUCCUCAAUUACCACUCAAUUCCCCGCCGAGCGCGAAGACCCAAGUGACGACGACCCAGAGGCCAUCGCCCGCGAUCGGGCUCGUAUGGCCCGGGAGUGGACCAAGAAGUUCGCGCUGGGCGGU